CCACCACAGAGCAGACAUGCCUCCAAAGAAGAAGAAGAGUGACGUCGCCAUUGACAUAGACGAUGUGGGGAUAGACGUUGAUGCCGAGAUCGACAGCGGGAGCGAGGACGAAGCCAGGCGGAGAGCCAAGAAGAGGGCCAAAGCCCCCCAGCGGAAGCCCAAGCGCGUCGCCAGCGACGACGAGGAGGACGACGAGGACGAGGCCCCGAGGAAGAGAGGCCCGAAGAAGAGAGCCAAGAAGUACAGCGAGGACGAGGACGAGGAGGAGCGGAGCGCCAAGAAGAAAGGGGGGGCGAAGGGCGCCGGGCGGAAGAAGAAGGCGGCCCGGGAGGAGGAAAGCGAGGAGGAGAGCGAGGAGGAGGAGAAAGGGCGGAAGAAGAAAGGCGGGAGGGGAGGGGCGGGCAAGAAGGGCAAGGAGGAGCAGAAGGAGCAGAAGGGAGACUCCAAGGGGAAAGGAGGGAAGGACAAAGGGAAGGACAAAGGGAAGGACAAAGGGAAGGACAAAGGGAAGGACAAAGGGAACGAGAAGGACAAGAAGAAGAAGAACGGCAAGCACAGCAGCUCGGACGAGGACUCGGACGACUCCUCGAUGUCCGAGGGGGAGAUGGAGGCGCUGAAGGAGGAGGUUGAGGAGAAGAAGAAGCUCCUGGUCACCCUGAGGAACAAACCGUGGCGCAUGAAGAGGAGACUCGAGCACCUCAAAGACGCUCAGGCGUUUGUGGAGAAGUUUGAGGGAGCCCUAGGGAAAGGCAAGGGGAGGAAGAUGUACGCCUACAAAGUCAUGAUGGCUAAGAAACUCAUCAAGUUCAAGCGUGACUUUGAAAACUUCAAGACGGCCUGCAUUCCCUGGGAGAUGAAAAUCAAAGAGGUAGAGAGUCAUUUCGGAUCUUCCGUGGCCUCCUACUUCAUCUUCCUGCGCUGGAUGUACGGUUUGAACCUGGUCCUGUUCGGCUUCAUGUUCGGGCUCGUGGUCCUACCAGAGGUGAUGAUGGGCCUUCCGUACGGGACCAUCCCCCGGAAGACCGUCCCAAGAGCGGAGCAGGCUCGAGCCAUGGACUACUCUGUUCUCUUGGAUUUUGGUGGCUACUGCAAGUACUCUAUCCUGUUCUAUGGUUUCUACAACGACGACCGCACCAUCGGCCUGCUGCAGUUCAGGCUUCCCCUGUCCUAUCUGCUAGUGGGCGUCGGCAUCUUUGGAUACAGCCUAAUGGUGGUCAUAAGAACCAUGGCUCGGAACUCGAAUGAAGGAGGGGAUGGGGCGGAGGAGGGGGAGUUUACCUUCGCCUGGAAGAUGUUCACCAGCUGGGAUUACCUCAUCGGCAACUCGGAGACAGCCGACAACAAGUAUGCUUCCAUCACCACCAGCUUCAAGGAGUCCAUCGUGGACGAGCAGGAGAACCAAAAAGACGAGAACAUUCACCUGCGCCGAUUCCUGCGGGUUCUAGCCAACUUCAUGGUUCUGUGCAGUUUGGGGGGAAGCGGGUUUCUCAUCUACUUCGUGGUGAAGAGGUCCCAGGACUUUGGCAACAAGGACCCUGAUGAGCUCACCUGGCUGGAGAAGAACGAGGUGGAGCUUGUGAUGUCCCUCCUGGGUUUGGUGUGCCCCCCCCUGUUUGAAGUCAUCGGCGAGCUGGAGGAAUAUCACCCUCGCAUCGCCCUCAAGUGGCAGCUGGGACGGAUCUUCGCCCUCUUCCUCGGCAACCUCUACACCUUCCUGUUCGCCCUGUUCGACGAGGUCAACGCCAAGCUGGAGAGCGAGAAGGUCAUCAGGAACGAGACCAUCUGGGCGUUGGAGGAGUACAAAGCCAACUACAGCUCCUUCCACAACACCAGCGACAUCCCCCCGUACAACAUCCCCCCUGCCGACGUCAUCAGGGGGCCCUGCUGGGAGACCGCCGUGGGCAUCGAGUUUGUCAAGCUGACCGUGUCAGACAUCCAGGUGACGUAUCUGACCAUCCUGAUCGGAGACUUCCUGAGAGCCGUGAUCGUGCGCUUCCUCAACUACUGCUGGUGCUGGGACCUGGAGGCCGGAUUUCCGUCGUACGGCGAGUUCGACAUCAGCGGCAACGUCCUCGGCCUCAUCUUCAACCAAGGGAUGAUUUGGAUGGGUGCGUUCUACGCUCCGGGCCUGGUGGGGCUGAACGUUCUGCGGCUCCUGAGCUCCAUGUACUACCAGUGCUGGGCAGUGAUGAGCUGCAACGUGCCCCACGCCCGCGUCUUCAAGGCCUCCAAGUCCAACAACUUCUACAUGGGGCUGCUGCUGCUGGUGCUGUUCCUCAGCCUGCUGCCCGUGGUCUACACCAUCAUGACCCUGUCGCCCUCCUUCGACUGCGGGCCCUUCAGUGGGAGGGAGAAGAUGUAUGAUGUCAUCAUGGAGACCAUAGAGAAAGAUCUCCCAGCAUUCAUAGGGAACAUCUUCACCUAUGCUACCAACCCUGGACUCAUCAUACCAGCUGUGCUACUGAUGGUGCUGGCCAUAUACUACCUGAACGCCGUGUCGGAGGGCUACCAGCAAGCCAACAACGACCUGAAGAGGAAGAUGCAGAUGGCGCGGGAUGAGGAGAAGAACAGGAGGAACAACAAGGACAGCACCAACCAGGUGAUGAAGGACCUGGAGGACCUGCUGCCCAACAAGUCCCUGAUCCCGCCCCCCAGCAAGGAGGAGCCCCCCCCACCUGAGAAGAGCAGCAAGUCUCCCAAGGUGUCUGGACGGCCCGGAGCAGCAGCCAAUGGCAAAGGUGUGAAUCUACAGAAGGACGUUUCAUUGGCUGCCCCCAACCCCGGAGCAGCUGUGACCCGCCCCCCCGGACCCAGGGGCGCGUCCCCAGGGCCAGGGCCGAGCCCAGGGCCGGGGCGGGGCAGGGGGAGGGGUAGGGGUGGGCCUGCUCCCCGACGCUAG